AUGGCGUCCAUCGAUAAAUUGAGAAAAUUGAAACUAACUGAUUUGAGAGUUCUUGCAAUCGAGAAAGGGAUAGAUGCCAAUGGUAAAAAGAAACAGGAGUUGAUAGAAGACUUGUUAAACAGCCAGGUCAAUGAUACAACAAUGUAUGUGAGAGCUCUGUGUCAGGCAUCCAUGAAGAAGAUGAACUACCAAGUUUUUAUUUGUUUCUCAAAGGAAAAUGAAGAGCAACAUUCCAUAGACUACGCUUAUUGUCAGUGUCCAAUUGGGCAUUGUUUGGACAGACAGAAUGAUAUGGAAAAGACCUUAACUGCACUACAAGGUCUAAAAGAGAUUUUACCCAGAACAGGUAUGUCACAUUUGUGGAAUAUUCCUGAUCCAGUGCCAGAUAUGUGUAUGGAGGAAGAAGUUGAGACAAGCAUUAAUCCACUUUACCAACAAAUGAUGAAGAUGCUUUAUACAGAGGGUAACUUACCACCAUCCAACAUUGACAUGGAGCUUGUAAAGUACAUAGAAGAAUAUACCCAAAGCCAGAGGCUUUCUAAAGAGUGGAUUAAGAUGCACAUUGGUAGAGUAACCAGCUCAUUGUUUGGGGAUGUAAUGUCUUCAGGUCCAAGUCCAACAUCUUUGAUAAAACAGAUAGUUGAGGGGUCAAAUCUUGAAAAGUACACAAACCUGCCUGCAGCUGUGCAGUGGGGAAUUGACAAGGAAGGUCAGUCCAGAGAUCAGUACAAGAAGAUUAAGAAAGUCAUUCAUAAAGUCUUUGAAAUCCAACCAACUGGUCUGACUCUAUGUGGAAGCCAUGCCUUUCUAGGUGCGUCCAGUGAUGGCAAAGUAACUGAAGGGGAUAAUGUAGGUGAACUGGAAAUUAAGUGUCCAUAUUCUUUAAAGGGUACUCUAAUCAAUAAAAAAGAGAUUCCAGAGAUAAUGGCCAUGGGAGACAAAGCUUUCUGUCUUGAAAAUACAAACACAGGGCAAAGACUUAGACAUUCCCAUAAAUAUUAUGCUCAGGUACAGGGAGAAAUGGCAAUAAUGGGUUUACCAUGGUGUGAUUUUGUAGUCUGGACAGGGGCAGAAAAAAACAACAUAUGCAUUGACAGGAUAAACUUUGAUGCCAGCUAUGUCACUAAAAUGAUGCCUAAACUACUUGCAUUUUACAUGGAGCAUAUUUACCCUUUUUAUUACAAGUAACAUCAGAUUUUGCUAAUUUCUGGGCUUGUACAGAGAUAUUCCAAGCUGUUUGGGUGUAUUGGACACACUGAUAACAUCGAUUUGCACCAUUCCAAUCAGAUAUCUGUGGUUCUUAAAGUUCCACUACAAUUAAGAGUUUUAUGAUGUUACUAUCGCAAAAGCUGCUAAUAAAAUGCUUAGGUUGAGUGGCAUUGUCAAAAACUGAUUAAAAAUUGGAAUGGUGAAAAUCAAUGCUAUUUGUUUCUCCCAAUACACCUAAAAAGUUUAGAAAACCUCAUGUUCUGAAUUGACAGCUAGGUAUUUGGAAUAGAAGUAGACAUUAAAUUUUUUCUACACUUUUGGCAUUUAUUUCAUUUAUAUUUGUACAUAACGUAUCCAGUAUCUUUAAAUUAAAUAUCAAUCAAAUAAUAACAAUGUCUAUGAACUAUUUUAAUCAUUAUGAACCAGAAUAGGAAUGAAAAUAUCAGUAGCUACGACUAGUAGCCUCUAUAAAGAAAUAUUACGUCUUAGAAUGAUCUGUAAAUCUAAAUUAUCAAACUAGGCCAAUAAGACAAAAAAAAUAAGCAAACCUUUCUUUAAAGGAAUAUUACCUCUUAAAAUGAAUAUAACUUUUAAAUAGUUCUCAAACUUGGCCAAUAAGAGUAUACAUUCAUCAGUAGACUUGCCUUGUGUCAUAAAUACACAACAGGAUCUCUUUAAUCUGAUUAAAAUAAAAUUUAGUCAUUACUGAAGCAUUAGUUUUAUGGAUUAUCAGAUUAUACAGGGGUUUUGUUGUAUAUUUAUGACACAAGGCAAGUCCACUGAUGAAUGUGGAGGCCAAGUUCGAGAAAUAUUUAAAAUUUAUAUUCAUUUUAAGAGGUAAUAUUCCUUUAAAGAUGGGUUUGCUUAUUUUUUAUUGUCAAAUUAAGCGAACUAUUUGAUUAAUUGGUGUUUCUAAUGAAUUAUCAUGUAUUCUUAAUCUUAUCAUUAUGUUCUUAUUGCAUAUAAUUACGAGUUUUAACCAAUCAUAAAUGUCUGUGUAUGUACAGUCUGGAUAAACAAAAAAAGAUCUUUCGGUAACUCA